AUGUCUGCACAUCCCCCCAAGGUGUUUACUUCUGUCGUGUCAAUAGACGAUACCUCUUCCAAGGCGGAGACUCCGACUUUCGGAGAUAUCAAUCAUCCGAUAUCAAAGAGAGGAACGACAAUAGCAACGCAGGAUGGCGGCACUCUGCAUGUGCAGCCGUUUAGGAGAACCGGCUCGAAACAGCUACGGGCACUCGUCACCUUUGUGCCGCGCCCAUCGCAUUUUGAUAGCUCAGAGGCAGGAGCGGAUCAGUUUAGAGGCUUCUAUUCGCUCUUUUGGAUCUUUUGUGCGUUACUCAGUGUCAAAACCAUUGUUCUUCAUCACAAGGAGACCGGAUCACUCCUAAGCUGGAAUUUCGGUCGACUCAUCUCAAAGGACCUCUUUGCCCUCUUGCUGAGCGAAGCCGCCCUUACAUUUACCUCUCUCUGGGCGGUCCUCUUGGUCAAAGCAUUCAAGCGCGGCUACAUUCGUUAUUAUUGGACUGGCGUAAUCGUCCAGCAUGUGUACCAGUCUGCUAUGCUCGCAUUGGCGAUUGGCUGGACAUUUUCCAUGCGCUGGGAAUGGGUUCAGAGCGGAUAUUUCACUCUUCGCUGCUUAGUUCUAAUCAUGAAGAUCCACUCGUACAUCGCCUUCAAUGGGUAUCUACAAGGCGUCGACGCAAAGACCAAGAAGAUUGAACAAAAGCUACGAAUGCGAACAAAUGAAGCUGGAGGAUGGGAUCAGGCUGUGAAUGAUGCUCUUGCGCGACGCGAAGAGCUAGAACAACAAGAGACGACCCCUUCGGAGACUCCAGCACUGAUGAAAGCUGGCGGCUACUUUAACCAGCCUCCGGCAGCAACGGCUUUGAGGAAUCGCCUUCAUAAUCUGGAGGUACCAAAGGAGCUAAAACUCAAGCGAAAGGGAUCAUCCAACUCUGUUCACUCGGAGACAUCCUCAAUCCAACCACUAUCGGUUGCAAUUCCACCAGCAGGCCCAACGCCUCAUCCCUUAGUGGAUCACCCGGACAAGAGCAUCUCUACGUUGGCGAAAGAGUUGUCGGAGCUCGAAGCUGAAUUGACAUCAAACGGCCCUAAGCAAGUUCGAUGGCCAGCAAACAUAACAUGGUUGAACUAUAUCGACUAUCAAAUGCUCCCUACACUCGUAUACGAGUUGGAGUACCCACGAACAGAUAGGGUCCGACCGAUGUAUGUCCUCGAGAAGACUAUAGCGACGUUUGGCACCUUCUUUUUGCUCUAUCAAUAUACGGAACACUUUAUCAUGCCACACAUCCCAGAAGCGGGCCAGAGCUUCGUGUACAGCAUGCUGAAUCUCGCUUUGCCCUUCAUGGUCUGUUAUCUCAUUCUCUUCUAUCUGAUCUUCGAGUGCAUCUGCAACGGCUUUGCCGAACUAUCGUGUUUUGCGGAUCGAGAGUUUUACGAAGAUUGGUGGAAUAGUACAUCGUGGGACCAGUUCGCUCGCAAGUGGAAUAAACCCGUCCACACUUUUUUGCUUCGGCAUGUCUACGCUUCGACCCUCUCGUACAAGAUUGGCAAGGGUAAUGCGGCCCUCUUGACCUUUUUCUUAUCUGCAUGUGUUCAUGAGCUGGUGAUGGCCGUGGUUACGAAGAAGAUUCGUCCUUAUCUAUUCGUUCUACAGAUGAGUCAGAUACCUCUCAUCGCCCUAGGGCGUGUCCCGUUCAUCAAAAGGAACAAGCUUCUCGGUAAUGUCGUAUUCUGGAUUGGACUUAUGGCUGGUCAGUUGCUCAAGUAA